UUCUUUGAUGAAACUCCCGCGUCACUCAGAUUAAUAAUAAGAGACAAAAAAUUUCUCAUUUUCAAACCUCAGAUUAGAGAGAGAGAGAGAGAGAGAUGUUUGGGAAAAUCAGAGGAGCUUCGACUUCGUCACUAGACAGCUUGGAGUUAGAGAGACCAACUUCCAAGAUUUUCAGAGACGAUCCUCUCUCCAUUUAUGAGGUUACACUCAUGAAGCUUAAAUUAGGCUCUCAACGUGAGCUAAGUUCACACUCCGAGCAGACAGGGCCGCAGAUAGAAACUGAUUCUGCUUCAUGCUCCUCUUGUGCUGGGGUGAUGAAGAUAAAUGCAGGUUGUUCUGAAAAAUGUUCUCAAGACAUUGUGGGUUCCCCUAAUGAGGGGGCAAUGGCAAUAGAUACAGAAUGUUCCUCUGGUAGUGUUUUGCCGGGUUCAAUUGAUUCUCCUUGUUUGGGCAGCAAGAAACAGCAACAGAACAGGAAUGUUUCGGUUCUUUACCUCUUUUCUAAAUUUAAGGAUUCUCAUCGACAAGUUGUAAGCUCAUCCUGCGAGGACGCGAUGCCAAUAGAGGAUGGUUGUUCUGAAAGUUCUUGGACAAAUUCAAGUGAUUGUCAUCAAUCUCUUAAAAGCAUGGAACAGCAGAUGGAUCAGGAAUGUGUAACCUCUUUAGCUCUGCAGAAUGUAAGAUCUGAACUGGGAUGCGCUUAAUUUAGGCUCACUUGGCUGUUUUAUAAGUUCAUUUACUUUGAAGUCAAUUGUUUCUGAUGUUGUUUCAAUGCCCAUGUAUGGGGAAAUGUUGUAAUGCAUGGAAAAGAAAGUCAGCUAUCAAAGUUUCAGUGUUAUUGCCUA